GCUCAAUAGCGUAGAUUUCUCUCUAAACAAGUAUGCUAUGAACUCAAAUUAUUCGGUGAUAAUCGCUUAUCCGAGUGGAACUAACAACAGUGAAAAAAUCUAAGACGUAAACUAUGGCCGAUCUCCCCUCAACAAUGACUGCAGUUGUAGUUCGAGGCAAAGAGGAUUAUCGUUUGGAACAAGUCCCCGUUCCGCAGCCAGGACCAAAAGAAGUCCUUGUAAAAGUGCUAGCAGUGGGGAUUUGUGCUGGCGAUGCUAAAACGUUUGACGGAGCCACAAGAUUUUGGGGUGAUGGCAAGGACAUUCCCUGUUAUGUGGAACCACCUGUGAUUCCGGGCCAUGAGUUCUCGGGGGAAGUCGUUGCUCUGGGAGAAGGUGCAGCCAUCCAUCAUGGUGUGGAAAUUGGCGAUUUGACCGUGUCAGAGCAAAUCGUUCCAUGUCACGAUUGCCGGUAUUGCCAAAGAGGCCAAUAUCAAAUGUGCAUUCCACAUGAUGUUUAUGGGUUUCACCAAGUCACUCAGGGGGCCAUGACUCAAUAUCUUCUCUAUCCAGCCAAGGCUUUGGUUCACAAGGUCCCUAAGACGGUGGAUCCGUUCCACGCCUGUUUCGUGGAGCCUCUCGCCUGUUCGCUCCACGCCGUGGAGUUGGGCAAUAUCCAAUUCAACGAUAUCGUAGUGGUGUCCGGAUGCGGUCCACUUGGGUUGGGUAUGGUUGCUGGAGCUCGGCAGAAGUCGCCCAAAUGCCUCAUUGCCCUGGAUAUGCAAGACUGGAAGUUGGAAGUAGCCAAGAAAUGCGGCGCUGACAUUGUUCUUAACCCCUCUAAAGUGGACCUUCAACAGGAGAUUAAAACACUGUCUGAGGGAUUCGGGUGUGACGUUUACAUUGAAGCCACAGGACAUCCAUCGUCUGUUGUUCAAGGCUUAAAUUGCAUCGCUCGAAUGGGGCGUUUCGUUGAGUUUUCAGUCUUCGGCAAGGAAGUGUCGGCGGAUUGGAGCAUUAUAAGUGACACCAAGGAGCUGACGAUCGUUGGUGGACAUUUGGGACCGAAUUGUUGGCCCAAGGCAAUUGCGAUGAUUGCUGAAAACACUCUCCCCAUGGAUGAGAUUAUCACUCACCGGUUCAAGAUGAUCAACUUCUUGGAAGGCAUCAAAAUGGUUCUGAAGGGUACUGACUCAAUCAAGAUCAUGUUGAUUCCAGAGAACUAAUUGAACAUUUAUUCUGAGAUAGGGAUAUUAUUCAUAGUACUAAUAAUGAUAAUGAUAAUAAUAAUGAUAGUUUGUAUCUCUAGAA